AUGAAUUCCUUUCUUCUCAACAGAGCCCUCGGGACUGUAAGCUCAAAUACCUUCCAUGUCGCCCAAAGAACCCGGCUAGUACACAACCUCGAGCCUGCGCCUGGGAUUCGAUUCUCCAGCCGCAGAGCCCCGCGAAGGAACGAGUCUCGAGAUGAUGCCACCCCUUCUGAUGAGGAACACGACCUAACGGAAGAUGAGAUUGCCCAUAAAUCUGGCGUGAACUGCCUGGCAAUCGAUAAAUUUGAAGGCCGAUAUAUGCUAUCUGGAGGGGCAGAUCCAACCAUUCACCUUUGGGACCUCGAGACUAGAGGAUCAGAACUCAAUCACGUCCACCAGUCUUGCGCUUUGGUUAGCAAGUCCUCGCAUCCGGAUGCGCACACCCAUGCCAUCACUUCUCUGUCCAUCUAUCCCUUUGACCCCGAACCAUCUACCAUCUUCUCGACUGCCUACGAUGGCACAUUGAAGCUUUCAGCGCUGCAGUCACCAGCCAUAACUCCUGUUCAUACAUUUAAAUUGGAUUGUACACCAUAUGCGCACUCGUUCUCCUCUCAACCUGGAUCCACGCUGCUGGUCGCAGUCGCAACGUCCGAUCCAGCCGUUCGCCUGGUCGACUUGCGGUCUGGUCUUGCAGCCCAUGGUCUGCCGGGCCACAACGCAGCGGUACUUUCGGUGGAUUGGGCUCCACAUCGUCCCCAUCUUUUGGCCUCGGGCUCCGUGGAUAACCGGGUGAUCAUCUUCGACGUACGCCGUGGCGGCCAUAACUCUGCCAUUGCGACUUUGGAUAUGGAUGAUCCGGUAGGACUAGCAACUCCAAGCUCAGGCUCUGCAACAUUCUUCGAGCCCCGACCGGCAUUCUCUCGGCAUUCUCGCGCUCACAAUGGUGCUGUCACUGGUGUACGAUGGACGUCUAAUGGCACCCAUUUAGUCACCACAGGUCAGGAUUCUCGUAUCAGAGUUUGGGAUGCAGCAAGCGGCGCAAAUACAUUGGUUCAUUUCGGGCCUCGCGUGCGCAACUCUACCUCAUCAUAUCUUGCAGAGCGGGCUCCACUGGUGAUACCGAAGGGAUUCAUGGCUCCGGGACACGAGACCCUUUUAUGGCCCAAUUUCCAUGAGCAGGAUGACCGCGGUGAGAUCUUUAUGUUUGAGCUUCGCGACGGGACAUUCGUCAAGCGCCUUCGGGUCCCUGGUAUCGCAGUUGGAGCCCAGGCCCGCGGCCGAUCGAGUGCACUUAGCGCGGCGCGGAUCAACGAUCUAGCUUGGCGCGGGAAUGGUGGGUCAGGCGAGGGACUAGAAUUAUUCUCUGCUCAUGGCGACGGGACUAUCCGUACUUGGGUAUCUCGUGAGCCUGACGGGGAGCCCACCGAGGAGGAGGAAGCAGCACUUGCUGACCGUAAGCGGAAGCGCGAUGUACUGGAUGAAAUCUACCAAGGAUUCCUUGAACCAGAAGCAUCUAGGGUACAUAUCUAG